AUGGAUAUUUUCUUCGAGGCUAUGUCUCUCUAUCGCAGGCGAAAAUACGAUGAGUGCAUUGAAUUGUGCAAUACUUUGCUCAAGAACACCACAGAUAAUCGCCUCCAGAGAACCUGGGAGCUUAAGAUGCGAGCCAUAACACAACGAGUGUAUGUGGACGAUAUUGAAGCUGAUGAUGGCAUUGAAGAAAAUGACGAUUUGGAUACUCAGCGUCUCGCCACGGCGCCUCGUCCGGGAACUACCAUGAGGACAUCUUCGAGAAUGGGAACUGCACUUGCCGCCAAGGCAAGUAAUCGCCCAACUACAUCUGCUGGACGACCUCUCACGGGAAUGGCUCGGCCUGGAACGAUUGGCCAGACGCGUGCUGGUUCCUCGAUGAUCUCGAGAACUGCUCCUCGCACUGGUUCCCGAUCAGAAACUGCUAGAAAUAUUCGAUUAGGUUCCGCUUCGAUCUUUGCCUUGCACGAUCCCGCUGGGCCACUAGUGGACGUGGCAAGACUGAAUUUGACGCUAUUUGCUGCCAAGAAGAGUGUAGCACCGAUCAUGUUUAGCUAUCUUUACUACCACGAAGGAGAUGUUCGAAAGGCGCUGGAAUUGUGCGACGCAGCAACUUCGGCGAGAAGCAAUCAAUCUGAUUGGUGGUGGAAUAUGCAAAAGGGACGAUGUCUGAUCAGUUUAGGCAAUCCCAGGAAGGCUGAACAGUUCCUUCGCAGUGCUCUGUCGCAGUGUGCUCAUCCGGAUGCAGUUCUCCUCCUGGCUCGAGUCUACGUGAAAAUUGAUCAACCUCUGGCAGCUCUGGAAGUUUGUCGAGGAGCUCUCGAUAGACUACCGGGCGAAGUGAGCCUUUUGACGCAACAAGCUCGUAUCCUUGAGCUUGUGGGCAAUCUGCAAGCCUCAGUCAAGAUGUAUCGCCUCGUGGCCCAAUUCGAUGCGACAAGCAGCGAAGCUCUGGCCUGCAUAGCUGUGCACCAUUUCUACAAUAAUCAGCCGGAAAUGGCUCUGCUGCACUAUCGAAGGAUCCUCUCGAUGGGCGUGAACAGCGCCGAGUUGCACUGCAAUCUGGCCUUGUGCUGUCUCUACGGAGGAUUGCUGGACUUGGUCAUGCCCUGCUUCCAGAGAGCCUUUCGGCUUGCCACGAGUGCGGAGCAGAGAGCGGAUAUCUGGUACAAUUGCAGCUUCGCGGCGCUCACGAGCGGUGACUUCAAUCUCGCCCGGAGAUGCCUCAGACUGUGUAUCAGCUGCGACGGAUUGCACGGCGCCGCCCUCAAUAACCUGGCGGUUUUGGCGGCGAAAGCCGGUCAGCGGUCCAAAGCGAGAUCAUACCUGGCCGCGGCCAAAAGCGCUCUGCCCGAGAGCGUCGAGAUUCACCACAACCUCCAGCAUAUCGACAGCGCCUAG